CUUUUUCUGUGGGUCAAAUUGCAACAGCGAGGGUCAGUUGAGGGUUCAAGUGUUUUUAAGAUAAGAGGAGUCAAGUUGGCCUUCAUUGGGAAUAAGUCGAGGGUUUACAGUCGCUAACAGAAGAAUGCAAGAGGGUAGGUACGGUUGAUGACAAGAAAGGGAGAAACCCAGAUAAACAGUUGACCAAGUAAUAUUCAAGUCUUUUUAAAGAUCUGCAUAUAAUUUCCAUUAAAUAAGUAAAGCUUCUAUGCAGUCCGUAUCAUUGGCUCGAUCUGUCUUGUAAAACCAUGUCCUCAGCUAGUGAUCAAUUGCAGCAAACACAUCCUAAUGGAAUCUUGAACAUCCAGACAAUCAUCGACGAAAUACCCACUUUGAUUGCUCUCCUCACCCAAGCCAAGACAUCUAUUUCACCAUCCACAACAGACAGCAGCAGCGUCGGCAAUGGCCCUGUUCCGAUACAAGCGCCUGAGAAUAACAACGGUGGGAUUUAUAGCACCACUACCCAACACGACGGUGGGAACAGUAGCAUUGACAGCAACAGCGUAGCCAACGGUUCCGUUUCUGAAAUUGUCAACGUCGAUAACAAAAGCGACAACAAAACCGAUGUUGCGAACGGUUCAAUUCCUUCGCAGACUACAGAAACUAACAAUAGUUCCAUUACAGUCGCCGCCGCCAGCCCUCCUGGUAGCAGCAACGAAAAUACCCAAAACGUUUCCAACGGUUCGAUUCCUUCUCAGACACCGGAAACCAACAAUCAUUCCACAGCCGCCAAUAGCGCCGUCAGCGAAAGUGGAAACAAUAAGACGAAAGAGAAGACUAACAAGGUCAAGAAUGCCAAGAUUGGGGACAAUAAUCACGAUGUCCAUCUUCAGUGGCGGAAUCAGUUGGACAAGUUAGAGUUAGAUCUCAGGUACAUCAGAAGUGCCUUUACGAAACUCCAAGAUUUGGAAGCUAAUGUUAGCACCCAAUUCAAGACUCUUCAGUCACAAGGCCUGAACCUCUACAAAGUCAUCAAUGCAAGCUUAACUAGCAAUCGUACGUAUGCAACCAAGCAAGUGGAGAUCAACUUUCGUGCUCUCAGUGACAUGAUCAUGAAGUUGAAGCUCCAGAUCCCAUCUCCACAUAAGCUGUCUGCUGCAAGUUCUGUUGGUAUACGGAAUGUGGAGACAGGUAGCUGGCUGGUUGCACGCAAUGAGAUCGAUGAAUUGCUUAAACUACAUAUGAAUGAGAAGUUCAAGGGUACUGCAGUUUUCAAAGAUUUCCAGGAAAGUUAUAUGAGUCUUGAGAUUGAUUUGAAGCUCUGCUUGCUUUGCUUUGCCGUGUUUCCAGAGAAUGCGGUUGUGAAGAGGAGGCUGUUGAUGUAUUGGUGGGUUGGAGAAGGAUUGGUUGACCCUGGUAUUGGUGAAGACAAUGCUGCUGAGAAAAUUACAGAUGGGACUUUGAAGAAAUUUUUGGAGAAAGGUUUCAUUGAGCCUGUACUUGAAAAGUAUAAGUUGGUUGGGUUUAGGAUGCACCCAUUGAUUCGCUAUGCGGUUAUUUUUCUUGCAGAGAAAGUGGGGUUCUUCAAUUUUGAUUCUAGAGGUAAUCCAACUGCCAAUUUUUUAUCAGAACUUUUAUCAUGUUACAGGGCUUGUUUGAUGAAAACUGAGGAAGGAUCUUCUCGGCAAGUAUUAGUGAAUAAUCCUGAUUUAUAUCCGGAGAAACUGCAAUCUUUGUUCAAUGUCAAUGAUCCUUUUCCUGAUUUUAAGUUUGAGUGGUUCUCAAGAUUGAGAAAUGUCCAUGUUCUUCAUCUGGGAAGGUGGCAGAGCUCAGAUGAGCAUCACAUUGAAGUAGAGGACACUGAAUUCUUGAAUGGUUUGAAGAAUAUGAAACAUCUGAAGUAUCUAAGCCUUCAAGGAAUUUCUAGGAUUAACGAGCUUCCUGAUUCCAUCAGGAAGCUUGCGAAUUUGAGGAUUCUGGAUCUCAAUGCCUGUCACAAUUUGGAUUUAAUUCCAGAUGAGAUUUCCUUUCUCAAGAAGCUGACUCACCUGGAUUUUUCUGAGUGCUACUUGCUUGAUUACAUGCCCAAGGGACUCGCUUCGCUUUCAGAACUUAAAGUCCUAAAGGGUUUUGUAAUUAGUGAUGUGAAAUUCAGAAGUUCAUGCACUCUUGAAGAUUUAUCAGCAUUGGCAAACCUGAAGAAAUUGAGCAUCCACACAAAUAAAAGGGAAUUCCCAACAGAAGAUGAGUUAAAUGCUCUUCAUCGUAUGGCAACUCUGAAAAAACUAACAGUGGCAUGGGGAGGUAAAUCCAUACAGGCAAUAUCAGGUAAGAAUUCGAAGCAAGGUAGAAGUUCAGGGCAAACAAGGGAAGAGCGCAAUUUGCAGACGAACAAUAGUGUCCGGGGAAAACCAGCGGAGGCAGCCAGUGUAGAGCCAAACAUCAGAGCCAAUAACCCACAGCAAGACAAUGGUGCUGCAAGACAAGUGCCAAUCCAAAGUGCAGCUAAAAAGCUGACAAGAACAAUAGCCUUCAAGCGAGGCAGGUCAAUGGGGCGGGAACUUCCUCCACAACUUGAGAAAUUGGAUCUCCAAUGUUUCCCAGGUACUGAAUCACCUAGCUGGCUGAUGCCUGGAAAACUGAAGUCUCUAAAGAAACUCUACAUAAGAGGAGGGAACAUGCGAAAUUUGAGUCAAGCUCAGGUCACAGACGACACUUGGAAUGUUAAGAUUUUGCGUCUGAAAUUCUUGCCCGAACUAAGGAUGGAAUGGAGAGAACUGAACCGCUCAUUUCCAGACAUGAUCUAUCUGGAGAAAGUCAGAUGCCCCAGAGUGACCUUCUUCCCAUGCAAUGAGAGUGGAGUAUGGUUGAACAGAACAAUGAUAUCAAAUCAACCUCUGGAAAAAGAACUAGAAUUCACUUGGUCGUUCCUUGGGAGUAGAACCACAUAGCACAGUGUAUGUAUGAUAAUUUCAGCAAUUAUUUUGAGUUCAAUUUAUUUAUUUAUUUUCAUUUUUAGUGACUAUUGUGAAUUAAA